AUGAUAAUUCACCAAAAUAACCUUAGUUUAAAAUGGAAUAAUGAAAUAAACGAAAUAGCAAAUUUAUUUAAUAAUAAUAAUAAUAAUAAUAAUAAUAAUAAUAAUAAUAAUAAUAAUAAUAAUUAUAAUUAUAAAUUAUUUAAAUUAAUAAUAAAUAAUAUAUAUAUAAAAAAAAUUAUAUUUUAUCAUCUUAAAUUAUUUAAUUUAUUUUAUUCAGAACAAACUUUUAAUUCUUUAAAAGAAUUAUUAUCAUUUCAAUUUAAAGAUUAUCUUUAUGAAGUUAAUUUAAUUAACUAUUGUAAAGAAGAUGGUGACUUGGAAUUAUUAUUACCAAAGAAUAUAGAAUGUAUAAAUUAUUUUAAAGAAAUGACCUCAAUCCCAACUUGUAUCAAAAAAAUUUAUAUUAAUUCAGAAAUUAAUAAUUCAAUUUUAAAUAGUACAAUAAAUUUACAAUCAGUUUGUUAUAAUUUUAGUUUUAAUAAAAGUAAAGCUUUACUUUUGUUCCCUAACUUAAUUACCAAACUAUACUUAUCAAAUCCAUUUUUAAAAAAUUCAAAUACACUACCAAAAGGAUUAAAGGCACUGACUCUAUCAAAUAUAGACCCCAAUAAAAUAGAGAAAAGAGUUCUUCCAGAAUCUUUGGUAGAGUUGUAUUUAUAUGAUAUAUUACCAUUGGAAUCAGAUUAUUUAUCAACACCGAAUUUAAAAGUUUUAAAUAUUUCAAGCGAUAAAGCAAGUUUUUUAACUCAAGAUUUAACAUUUUUAAAAUCAUUAACAUUUUUAAAUUUUAAAUGUGAAUGUUUGGAUUAUAAAUUACCAUUAACUUUAAAGCAAUUGAUAGUAAGAACAUUGUUUAUUGAUGAUGAUGUAAUACCUCAAGGUUUAGAAAAAUUAACUAUUAGAAAUUUUCGUGAUCACCAGCUCCCAAUUAACUUUACUCCAAGAAUUAUACCUAGAAGUUUAAAAUCAUUGGAGAUUCAAGGUUUAAAUCAUUUAACAAAUUCAAUUUUACCAAGUACUCUAGAAAGUUUAUUUAUAAUUGGCGAUUUUAAUUGUAAAUUAGAACCAAACCAACUUCCUCAUAGUUUAACGUGGUUACAGUUUGGUAAAAGCUAUUCAAGCCCAGGAAUUUUUAAUAACGGUGGUCACCCAUUACUUCAAGAUGUUUUCCCAGAUUCUUUACUCCAUCUCGAUUUAGGUUCUUAUUUUAACCAAACUAUUGGUGUAAAUGUAUUACCAUCUUCAUUAAAAAAGCUCAUCCUUGGUUCUGGCUUUGACAAAGAUUUAGGUGAUUCAAUACCACAAAGUUUAGAAUAUUUAAAAAUCAGAAAUUAUAGGUAUAAUAGAUUUCCAAUUAAAUUAAAAUAUCCAAACAAAACAAUAAUAGACUCUAAAAAAUGUUAUCUUCAUUAUCAACACUACCCAGAAUCACUAUAUGCACUCAAAAUAUCAUCAAAAUUAAAAAAAUAUUCACUUUUAAAUAAAAUAAAUUUAGAAUAUUUGGAUACAGGUUACUUAACAGAGUUAGAGUUAAACGAAAUUCCAAUUCAUAAUAAUAUAAAAACUUUAUUUUUAGGUUCAAGUUUCCAACAAAUUAUAGACCUCGAAAAAUUUAAAAAAUUAGAGACUAUUAUCAUCGAUUUUACCUUCAAUAAAAUAGAAUUUAAAAAUAAUCAUAGUUAUUUCAAUUUAAAAACAAUUUUGGUUAUUUGGGACAAUAAAGAAGUGUUUUCAAAAAUAGAUCCAAUUCUAUUUCAAUUUAUACAACUAUAUAAUUAUAAAACCGAUAAAAAUAUAUUUUAUAAUGAUAUUUAA